CCGCCAUUCGCCGUUAACAGCAACAAGUUCUCGAUCCGCGUAUUCGCCGAUCAGAUCCUCUCCUCCCUCACCCCCUUCAGCCUUCAAACUCUAUCCGAGAACCAUAACCACCCAUCCGAUCUAGCUCGCCAUGGACUCGGAUCAGGACUCCCUCUACGAAUGGUUCGUCCUCGCCCCCUCCUUGUCCGACGACGACGAGCGUGCCAUCGCGCUCUCCUCCGGCUGCACCACCCCCAAUUCCUCCCGCGUCGUCUCCGGCACCGACUCCGGCUCCGACCCGGAGCCCGACCACGCCGCCGGAUCCUCCAUGUCCAAGCUCUUCCUCCCCUACGCCGCCGCCGACGACCCCGACGACGCCGAGGGCGUGUACGCGUUGUCGGACGCCGAGGACACGGACGCGACCCCGCCUCCAUCCUCGCCGCUGCCCAGGCCGCUCUCGGGCCUCUUCCACCACACGAUGGACGGGGACGUCGCCUACGCCGCCUUCGACCCUGUCCACCCCACCGCAGCGCCUCUGCGCGGCGGCGGCGGCCACCACGAUGCCAAGCAGCCGGUUCCGGACCCCACCUUCUCCGCCUUCUUUGAUGAGCCCGUCGUCGCGCUCGCCUCCACCAGGGGCCUCCUCUGCCUCCGCGGCGCCUAUUCCGCCGCAUACUACGUCGCCAACCCGGCCACCUUGGCCCGCGAGCGCCUCCCAGCCCCCGAACGCGACCACCGAGCCCAGGGCGACCCCGCCGUCGUCAUCGUUUUCGACCUCGACCCCCGUGACGCUGACCCUGAGCGCGCUGACGGCAGCGGCAAGGGGUUUUACCGCCACUACCACAUCGUCGUCGCGUUCCCCCUCGCCGAGGGCAUUUACGCCUUCGAGUCCUUCUCGUCGAGGGCUUGGGCGUGGAGAUUCGGCAGGGGGGUCGGCAGCGCCGAAGCCGUCCUGCCAAGCUCUGGGGUCGGCGCACUCGGCUGCGCCUUCUGGCGCACCACAAUGGGCCCGUUCCUCUGCUACAACCCCUUCGCGCGCCGCGCGGAACUCGUCCCCGCGCCCGUCGAGGUGAUGCAGUGGCCCUACUGGGAACUCGGCGAGAUGGAGGGCACGCUCUGCGCCACGUGCAUGGACGCCCGCGUCGAAGUCGUCGUCGUCCUCCGCCUCAACUUCGCGCGCCGCGCCACCUCCGGCGCCAUCUCGUGGACUCUGGCUGGGUACUUCGAGGGCGGCUGCCUCAGGGGACGCCAAGACGUCACCCUGCUCCGCUCGCAGGGUAAGGCCGAGGUCGUCAUGUGGGACCCCAGCUCCGAGACGGUGGUGGCCAUGGACCUCGAGGGCCGCACUACACGCACCAUCAGGUUCAUCCCUGGCAGCGACUACUGCGACGAUUUCAUUCCCUACGUCAGCACGUUUACUGCCGUCUCUGGCUUUGGCAAACGGGCUCAUGCUGAGCGUUCGAUUGUUGCUACAAAUAAAGUGGGUGCUGAAUUGGCUGUUGAUGCCUAGGCAUACUAGACUAGUGGUAACAGCUAAAUCUAAGGAAAGCAAGUUGCAGCAUUUCUUUGAAGCGCAGAUUCUUUUGUAGUGCCCCUCUAGCUGUGGGACAACCAGUGUAUGCCUGUAAAGAUUUUAGUAUCAGCUGGUGUGUCAAACUGACAGUCGGUCCAGAACUGGUUUUUUUUACCAUGGGUGGGACUUGAAACGUCCUUUUGCUUGGUUUUUGGAAGACAACAAGACCUCUUUGGUUCCUGAAUGAAGUGCUGUC